UGGAGGCGGGUCAGAAUUGACUGAGGGAUUUUUUUUAGUGUUUUUUCAGCUGCUGCAAUUGGUGCAUCUUCUGGCGCGCAUUCUGGUGAUCCGCUGUGAUGUUGUCAUCCCUCCUGAGACUGUGGGACACGAUGGUCCCUAGGAAUUUGAAUGAUUCAACCACAGCUGAGUCCUCAAUCCCAAGGGGGAGAUGUGUGUGUUGGGGGGAGGUCUUUCCUGAAGUUAACCACAAAAUCCAUUGUGUUAUCCAAGCUAAAAUCAUCAAAAACUAAAACCAUCCAAACAAACAGUGCAGUUUAAACAAUGACGUCUGAUAUGAAACACGCAGGAAUGAUGUAUUUCUAGUCUAGUGACAUACUUAUAUGCAGUUUAGCUGUAUUGCGUCAUUCUGGGUGGUUUCGACUGUAACAUAAUUGCUCUAACCCACAAAACCAUUCAUACAAGGCAAACUGUUCUAUUACACCAAACUGACAACAAAGGACACACGUAUGAAGAUGCAAAAAUGUCCACCAGAGAUAGAAUCUCAGAUUCUGAUAACUUACUCCAACUCCCAGAGCUGAGGAUUGUGCUGCUGGGCUACAGAUUAGCUGGAAAGAGUUCAGCAGGAAACACCAUCCUGGGCAAAAAACUGUUCAAUUCAAAAGAGACAACUGCUCUGUGCAUGAAGAGACAGGGUGAGGUAGCGGGACGCUGGGUCACUGUGGUUGACACUCCAGGAUGGUGGUGGAACGAGCCCGCAAAAUGGACUUCCGAGCGGGUUAGACGGGAGAUCGUUGUCAGCCGGUCCAUCUGUCCUCCAGGACCUCACAUUUUCCUCCUGGUCAUACGGGGGGAUGAUUCAUUCACUGAGGAAUACAGAAUGGCCGUACAGGAACACCUGGAGCUUCUCGGAGAGACAGUCUGGAGAAAAACCUUAGUGUUGUUCACACGUGGGGACUGUCUGGGAGACUCCAUUGAGCAGCACAUUGAGAGUGAAGGGAAGGCCCUCCUGUGGCUUGUUGAGAAAUGUGGAAACAGGUAUCAUGUCUUGGACAAUAAAUACAGGGGUGAUGGACCUCAGGUCACUGAGCUGCUGGAGAAGAUAGAGGAGAUGGUGGUAGAAAACAAUGGAGAUGGAGGACUGUCUCAAACCAACUGGGAGGACUGGAGUUUCCUGAAGAAACGGGGGCCAUUAAGACGAACAAACAGCAUGAGCAACAAAAUAUACAGGUCCGGAGGUUCUAUAUCUGACAACUCAUCACUGGGAGCCUCCAUCAACGGCUCAAUACGCUCUGCAAUAGACAGGCUGCGGGCAAGAUCUUUGGGAAAUUGUGACAUGGCCUCGCUCAGCUCUGGCAUCGCCUCCAUGAGUCCCAGUGAAGAGUCUUCACAGAGUUCCAGGCUGGGAGGGUUUCUGUUACCCAGGAUACUCAGACGCAAAAAGAACCUGAGUACCGUCAAUGAGUCCGAUGUAAAUAUAAGGAAAUAGGAAUAAAUUACACAUCCCAGGGGUGAUACAACUGGACCGAAAAAGACAAUAAAUAUUUGAUAUAUCGAACUCUGAUGUGAAGUUACCAAAUAAAAUUGAGUAGUAAGUGCCAAUGCAUGAGAAUGGGAACACAGUUUCUGUCUGUCUGUCUGUGUCUACCUAUUUAUCCAUGCACAGUUGGAAUCAAAGGCACAAAUGUCAGGAAGUGAACUGAAAAUCCAAUUCAAUGAUUGAAUUGACCGCUUUAAACUUGAACUAAUCAGUCUCUAAGCUGUAGAAGUCUGCCUGGCCGCCACACACGAUUCUUGGUGCGCCAAAUUUGAAGUGCCUGGUUAUCAAAUUAAUAGUGGGACGCCCAUCUUCUCUAAACAAUACAUUGAUAGUCUAGUUAUAACCUAUCAGUUCACAAUGUUGAGCCAAGUCAUAGUCUGCCAGUUAAGUAUGUCUAGUUUAGUCAUAACCAACACAUUUUGUAUGUCUAGUCAAGUAAUCGUGAACCUGAAUAGGGUAAUUGUGUGUGUUGUGCAGCGACUGCAAGCUGAUAUAAUCAUUUGUUAAUUAAGGGCUGAUCACAGAAUUGAAUAGAGCUAACUGUUAUAUAUCUAUAGCCUGGUGAAAAAGUGGUGAAAGAAUGAAGGCAUUAAAAUGGCGCACGUAUACGAUUCUGACCUCGGGGAUGUGGCAUAAUGAAAUUGUACAAGUACUUGCACUCAGAACUGCACGCAAAGAAAUAAUUGGAGGCCAAGAUGCUAAAAGAAAAAUUGCUGAAAGAAAAAUGAAAAUAAUUGCCUCAUGCAAUCAUCAGUGCUGGUGUCUGAUAGUUUAAUUGUACCUGUCAUGUUUGUUAUGGACAGCUACUAUGUCUUUUGAAGGGAUGUCAGGUAAUGCUUUGUACAUCACUGAUGAUGGCAUUAGGCCGCUUGCCAAGUGUUGUAUAUCACUGACAUUGGCAUAAGGCACGUUUGGUUUUGAUUUUAGCUUUUCCUUUGAACACUUUGCCCUUUCACCCUUUGCAUUUUUUUUUUUAUUAUUAUUUUUGCAUCUGUGCCUCCUUCGAUUAUUCUUGGUCUUUCUCUCUUAAACUCAUUAGAGAUUCUUCUUCACGCCCACCAGACCCCAUUCAUUCCAGACUGAGUGCAAUCCCGUGGAUGUUCUCUCUUUUUAGCAUCAGCAUUAGAAUAACUAAAUGCAGCUCUGUUGUGCAGUGGGCUACACACUACAGUACAAUGAAGCUGUGUUUUGUAACAUUUCAAUGCGUUCCUUACAGACCUACAGUAGUCGUACACAGCGUUCCGUGGGCGGGUACGCUGUGUUUGAAUAAAUAGAAAUGUAUAGCUUAUCCCUCUUUAAAAAAAAAUAACACUGACUGCAAUGGUGCUUGGCCGCCCAGACGAACCAGGGUGAGUUUGACCUCAGCUAUCAAAGCUAUUGGAGCUGUUACCAGUGAUGGCACUGAAGGUAUGAUUCUCUUUGUCCCUCUAGGAUGUUCGUAAGCUGAGCACUGAACAAUUUAAAAUUGCCUGUGGUGAUAUUGCGGUUGGAACAAAGCCUGUCUGGUAUGAGAAAGGCAAUGGCAGUGCCUAUGUGUGAGACUUCCCAAGGCCCCAUGCAGGCGGAGGGUCUAAACUGUAACCUCAUGGUAAUUGUUGGAUCUCAAAUGUGAAGGAGUAUAGAAACAAUAGACAAGAACAUGUAACUCUGUCCCAAUGUCAUUGGAGGGCAUUGUGUAUGUGUAAAAAAGACUGGAUUAUUAUAAUAUUCCUGAAUAAA